CUGUACUGAAGCACACGAGGGUACCCUGAUAUGUUGCACGAGACCACCGACACAGAUACAACCUUCUCUGGGUACACACACUGGACCAUCACAAGAGAAACACGUUGGCUUCAAGUAACGUCAACGAAUCAGUCAAUAAGAAAUUCUUCCUUUUAGAUAAAAUUGUGGCUUCCGCGUUGACUGUGUUGACUGUGUUGCCAGCACUGAUCACAUUCUGACUGCUUUUAUGACCAUGUGUAUAUAACUGACUUCAGUGAUUGUAAAUACCUCAAUGGCCAGCAUCUUUAUAAGAGUGAACAGAAUGUUUCGUUUCAAAUGUCGACCAAAACAUUUAUGUUUCGUAUCCCUUUUCGGGUUAUGUGUCAUAGUUCUGUACAAAAUGUUCGUGUUGCUGACCUCCCCUCCGCACCUCUACAAGGUUGCCAUGGCAACGAUGAAAGAGAAUUACGUCAUAAAGGAGGACGCUGAUGACAAUGCAGAAUGCUCGAAACAUAUACAAAACAUUAACUCCUACGUCGUAACAUUUCAUGAUGUCAUAAUAGAUCCCAAAAAAUCUAUUAAAAUGCGAUGGAGCCCUAAUCAGCUUAAACUGGAGAAGGGUUUCUUUACGGUGCCGUGUGUCGGCGCUUCGCCAUUGGUGCGGUCAACGUUCUAUGGCGGGUUGUCUCCCUUCCCCUCAUGGGUCACUGCCAUAGAUAUUACGUCAUAUGCCAGAAACAAAUUCGACGAAAUCGAUGCCGUUGAGGGAUUUACUAUUGUCAUAAAACGAAAGCAUACAAAUAAUGUAUAUCUUAAAAUACUGGAUAUGUAUAAUACAUACGUCACAGUGAGAAUGAUGAGACAAAAACCGAAAGAUGUUUACAUUCUUUUGAUUGAUGCUCAUUCGGAUGAAUCAAGCGUUAAUGAAUGGAAUGUGGUCUUCGGGGAAGCAACUCAAAUCAAAGACAUUCCGAAGAAGCUGAAAUAUGAAAACGUUGUAUGGGGCAUUCCAGAUGGACUUGGGCCGAUUGCGACAUAUGACCUCCCCCUUCCGUUUUUGGACGAUUUUCGGCAUCACGUGGUCACGAGCGGAGGGGCUGUUACAAGCGAUGACAUUGUUUGCCCGGGCUUGAGAAUAUCCAUUUUAGCAGCAAGUUUAAAGACUGACAGCCAAACGGGUAAGGUCCUCCAACAUUCUAUAUCCAACAGUGAUGAUAUAACCGAACAAUUGCACAGGGUGUUUUCGGAUUGCGAUCUCAUGAUCAUCAAUACAGAGUCAAUGAGCAUGCGCCAACAGAUCCAAGCGUUUGCUAAGACGGACAUUCUGAUUGGUCCACAUGGUCACGAUCUCGCCAACACGGUGUUUUUACACCAGGGUGCUGGUUUGAUCGAACUGUUCCCUACUAGGUAUAUGUUUAUUUCAGACACACGAUUUCGACAACUAGCAGUAUGGAGUAAAGUGUAUUAUUCCAGUUGGUUUAAUCUGGAAAUGAUGCUCCGAGACUCCGAGGUAAUGACAGUGGACCCGAGUGUCGUGAUUGAUAUAGUGAGGGAGAUGAGGAGAAUUCUUUGUUCAAAGUGAAAUGUUUGAGUGAAGUUUUAAGUGAAAGUUACCUACUUUUAUUGAGGCAUUAAAUAUCUCUAAAUUCCACACUUUGUUAAAACUGAAUAGUGAUACACUGAUACAGUACGUGGACUUUACAGGCUAGAAUUUAUUGUAUAAAAGAUGUACAUUUUUUUGAAAACCAUGUACCACAAUUGUAUUGACAUGACAUGUAUAUAUAAAUGAUGUACCUGCUGAGAUGAAUAAAAAAAAUAAAAAAAAUAAAAAAAAUUUAAAUAUCUCUAAAAUCGCGAGGGUAACGAUCGUGUCAAGCGGCGAGAUGGAGCUUGGACCGUUAACAUCUAAGGGAGGUCACUCUAAUUUACGAGCUGUAAGGUUGUGGGGUGAAAUCGAAUCGGGUUCAGCAUCGCGUCAGAGAUUAUUGCACUUAUAUAGCGACGUGCAUGCACGUGUAUUUGUGGCUGCUUGUACUAGCUCACUGAGAUACCAUGCCACAGUUUAACAAAAAUACCCAACUCAGACACAGUAUACUGACACAGUGUGUGUGUGUGUGUGUGUGUGUGUGUGUGUGUGUGUGUGUGUGUGUGUCCCAAACUUCUGUGUCACGUUUGGAUACCUUUACAUAUGACAUUGAUGUCAUUUUAAUACAUUUUUAGAAUACCAACUUAACGGGUUUUGAUGAAAAAUUGAUGAAGAUCGGAACACUGUAAAUAGUUCUAAAUGGACAAACGUACUGGUUCACCUCAUAUGGGGUUGUGAAGUAGAGGUAGCAAUAGAAAGGGUACACCGUUGCCAUGAAACAGUCGAUCACAGACGGUAGGUGAUCGAUUUGGCUUUUGUAUUACAAUGUGUAGUUCACAUUGAUAAAAAACAUAUGAAUUUCGUCAGAAAAUUAAUGCAGGACACGAAUAAAAAAUAAAAUAUUUUAUAUGAAAAUAUGUAGUAAAUGGAUUUUUCUUGGUGUAUCUUUCAAACAUUGCUUAUCUAUUUGUUUCUUGUUUUAUGCCGCACUCUGCAAAUGUUCCAGCUUCAUGACGGCGGUCUGUGAAUAAUCGAGUGUGCAUCGAUCGACGCAAUUGGUAAACGAUGACAUGCAUUAACCAAGUCAGCCUACUCGGCCAACUACAAUGAUUAACGUGAUGUUUUCGGUGACCAUUAUUAUUUCAUGUUUGUUCAAAAUAUAAAUAAGUCUAAAUAAA